AUGUCGGACGCUGGCGGCAGUACGCACAAGCGCUCCAGAUCGUCGGCAGCCCUCGCCUUGCUCAGACGACGAGAUCCCCGCGGCGACGAAGAGUCGGGCUCCGACGACGCUCGCUCCACCGCCGGAGGCGCAGCAUCUUCCAAGCAGUCCUCCAAAUCCUCAAUCCUACCCCUCUCGCGCACCAUUUCUCAUACAAGCAAGCUCUCCUUGAGCAGAACACCCUCCCAGAAACAACAACCUCAGCAACAGCUGCAGCAAGCGCCGCCCGCCAUGAAGCCCGCAGGCCUCGCUCAGGACAAGGCCCCUAGCCUCGAGCAGUCUGUUCGCAAGUUCCGCGUUGUCGAGGCCGUUCGCAAUGGCGACACAGCCGCUAUCUCAAAAAUAAUUCGCGAGUCUGCCGAUGGCGCCCGUCGCGCCAGCGUUUCCUCUAAUGCCACCACCGCAACUACUGCUCCGACAACUCUUGAAGAUACUACUGUCCUCCACCUCGCCAUUCAGUGCGCCGACUUCCCCGUCAUUGAAUACGUCUUGUCCGAUGGAGCUGGCAUGGUCGAUAUCAACGCGCGUGACCGCGAUGGCAAUACCCCUCUUCACAUCGCUGCCAUCCACGGUCGCACCGCCGCAGUGAAGCUUCUCCUCGAGCAAAAGGACAUUAAUGAAGCCCUCGUCAACCUUCAGGGCAAGUUUCCCAUCGAUCUCGCCAAAAAUCCUGAAAUUUUCCAGCUUCUUCAGCUGUCGCGUUCGCUUUAUACCGACUCCAAGGUACGGCAGGUCCAGGAGCUCAUUGCCAAGGGCGACUACGAUACCCUUGCGCAGGUCCUUGAAGAGCCCCGCCUCAAGGCUGUGCUCGACAUCAACAGCCCCGAGUUUGUCUCGGAGCCGACCACUCUGCAGACUGGCGGCACGCUUCUCCACGAAGCUGCACGCCAAAAGAAUAUUGCACUCAUCCAGGUUCUGCUUCUCCAUGGCGCCGAUCCCUUUCGCCGCGACCGUAAAGGCAAGCUGCCGCAGUCUAUUGCGCACGAUGAUGCUACCAAGUCCAUUUUGAAGAAAUCUCCCGCUGCCGUCGCCGCUCAGAGAGGAAUUCAAGAAAAGGCCGUCCUUGGCCAGGCUGCUAGCCAAGGCGCCGCCACUGGUGCUGGUGGCGAGCUCGUGGCUGGCAAGGAAGCCCGCGAGAUGAAGGGCUACCUCAAGAAAUGGACCAACUACCGCAAGGGCUACCAAUUGCGCUGGUUUGUCCUCGAAGACGGCGUUCUUAGCUACUACAAGCACCAGGAUGAUGCAGGUUCCGCUUGCCGUGGCGCUAUCAACAUGCGCAUUGCCAGACUUCAUAUGAGCCCAGACGAGAAGACCAAAUUCGAAAUCAUUGGAAAGUCUUCGGUCAAGUAUACACUCAAAGCCAACCAUGAAGUCGAAGCCAAGCGCUGGUUCUGGGCUCUCAACAACUCGAUUCAGUGGACCAAGGAUCAGGCCAAGGAGGAAGAGAGACAGACGGCCAGAAAUGCCGAGCUUCUUCGCCAGGCCAAAGCCGACCCUAACGCGCUUUCCAUUCAUGAGUCACACAGCGAGAGCGCGAGCAUCUCAGACCGUCGUCAAAGUAGCUCGCAUCUGCCGUCGCGGUCCAUCUCAAGCGCCAAGCUCUCCCCACAGAAGAAUGACCUCACGAGAGCUAGCACCACUGGCAGCGUCGACGAAGAAGAUGGUUUCGAUGCCACCACGGACGGUGGACUAUCACGAGUCCAUGACGGUGCUGCCCUCAUUCCUGGGGAGGAAGACGAAGACGACUAUGACGAACACAGCGUGCGCCAGGAUCCCAGUUCGACCAAAGAUGCUCUCAAUAUUACCGCACAAUCGGCCAAGCUGCAACUUGAGACCAUGACGGCUGUUCACAAUGCUAUGAUGGCUGAGCUCACACAGCGACCUGCUACCGCGCUCUCGGACACCAAGGUUACACAAGCUCUUUCGACGUACGAUGCGGGUAUUCGCAGCCUGACUGGUCUCAUCGGAGAUCUUUUGAGGAUAUCCAAGGAUCGCGAUGCCUUUUGGAAAUACAGACUCGAGCGAGAGACCAACAUGCGUCAAAUGUGGGAAGAGAGCAUGGCCCAGGUUGCACGUGAACAGGAGAUUCUUGAAGCCCGUGUAGACGAGUCAGAAAAGAAGCGAAAACUUACCAAGAAGGCCCUGCGCGAAGUCAUGGAGGGAGGUACUCCUUUGGAUGGAACUCCUGUGCUGGAAAAGGCGCAAGACGAUGUUCAAAUCGCCUCCCCAUCGCCGGGUCCCCGCAGCCUCAUAAGACGCAAGACGGCGCUCGACCAGGUUGCAGACUUUUCGGAUUCGGAUUCGGAUGAUGAAGAGGAAUUUUUUGAUGCGGUAGACUCUGGCGAAGUAGAAGUCGCUGAGCUUCCCGAGUCGCAGCCUACGGAGCCGCAGGCCGUUGUUUCUUCAACUAUGGACCUAAGCCCGUCGUUCAAGGGUUAUGAAAAUGGUAUUCGACAUCGACUUAAGAUGGACGCCGACGACCGACCCAAGAUUUCUCUCUGGGGUAUUCUCAAAUCGAUGAUUGGUAAGGAUAUGACCAAGAUGACCUUGCCUGUCUCCUUCAACGAACCUACGUCUCUACUUUACCGAUGCGGCGAAGAUAUGGAGUAUUCCGACCUCCUUGACAUGGCUGCCUCUCGACCCGACUCGAUAGAGCGUCUAAUUUACGUCGCAGCCUUUGCUGCAAGUGAAUACGCGUCGAGUAUUGGCCGCGUGGCCAAGCCCUUUAAUCCUCUUCUCGGAGAAACUUUUGAAUAUGUUCGUCCUGACAAGAACUAUCGCUUCUUUACCGAGCAGGUCAGCCACCACCCGCCUAUUGGUGCGGCCUGGGCUGAAUCUCCCAACUGGACCUAUUGGGGAGAGUCGAAUGUCAAGUCAAAAUUCUACGGCAAGUCUUUCGACGUUGCGCACCUGGGCACCUGGUUCCUCAAGGUCAGACCUACCAACGGCGGCAAGGAGGAUUUCUACUCGUGGAAAAAGGUGACGUCGUCGGUCAUUGGUAUCAUUACUGGAAACCCUACGAUUGAUCACUACGGUACCAUGGAGGUAAAGAAUUGGACUACUGGCGAGGUUGCGGUUCUUGAGAUGAAGCCUCGGGGCUGGAAGGUGUCAAGUGCGUACCAAGUUGCGGGCAAGGUCAUGGAUGCGGAUGGUGGAGUGCGGUUCAGCAUGGGUGGCCGGUGGAACUCAAAGUUGUACGCACGGCUGACGCCUGGCUACGAGGCCAAUCUCGACGCUUCAGCAAAGGGAAGCAGUGAUGAGCAGGUUCACAGCGGCAGCAUGACGGACCCGAGCCGGGCCUACCUGGUGUGGCAAGCGAAUGAGCGACCUACGGGAAUUCCGUUUAACCUGACACCAUUCGUGCUGACGUUUAACCACAUUGAUGACAAGCUCAGGCAAUGGAUUGCGCCUACAGAUUCGCGACUGAGACCGGACCAGCGGGCGAUGGAGGAUGGCGAGUACGACUUUGCGGCGACAGAGAAGAACCGAUUGGAAGAAAACCAGCGGGCACGCCGGCGUAAGCGUGAGGAGGCGGGAGAGCACUUUACGCCGGCGUGGUUCAGCAGGGCGCGUUGCGAGGUGACGGGCGAGAUGUACUGGCAGUUCAACCACAAGUACUGGAAGCAGCGUGAAAAGGCUGGACCGGAUGGUGACGCGAAUGCGUGGGCAGGCCUGGAGCCCGUCUUUCAGGACGAAGAGGAGACGCUGAAGGAGUAG